CAAAAGUCCUGACUCUGCCUUCUCACAGCUGACACAUAGCACAAGCUAUCCUGCUCAACAGCAUAUCCAUCUUCUCUUAUCGGGCUCAACUCAAUCUCAUCUCCCUCCCAAUCAUGGCAGAAGACGCUAUCAAUGCUCAUCUCGAGCCAACUUCGCUCCACCAAGAACCUGCCACGGGAACCGGUGGGAUCCCUUCGCUUCACGCAGGCGUUACUCCUCAAACUGGGGCCUCGACGACUUCGGGUGGUGCCGGAGCGAAAUCAUCCUCACGAUCCACUCCAACCGCCACGGGUGUCAGACAGCGAGUACACGCUCUUGGUGAUCAGCUCGAUGCAGCCACCGAUCAUCCCGCUGUCAAGAAUGUCAAAGUGACAGCGCAGAAGCAGGUCUCAAAACUCAGAGAGGUCUUGGGAAGGUCACCUCCUCUCGUCAAUCUGGAGCGAAGCACUGGUGUCGACCGGGUCAUUCUCGUCGUAGGAGGUAUCUUAGCAUACAUCCUCGUCAUCCCUUUCAAUUUCUUGGGCCUAGCUCUCCCCGUCACGACCCUCCUGGCUCUCGUCCCUCCCAGCUUCAUUGCUUUCGGUAUCCUGGAAGAGAAGACCUCGGCCGCCAAUGAAGCCGCCACCAGAGCCCUACUGAGCUACUUUGUGGCGUUGGGUUUCAUCCAGUUCCUUGAAUCCCUCGCUGCGGGAAUACUUUACAGCAAGAUUCCUCAAUACUACACACUCAAGCUCGUCUUCCUCGCGUACUUGUUGCACCCCAAAACACAGGGAGCAUUGAAACUGCACAACAUGGUCUUCAAGCCAUUGUUCAUUAGCAACACUGGAUCCUCGUUAAAGACACCUCCCACUGCUCAUGCCUCUGCAUCCUCAGCUUCCAGCCCCACUGCAGCCGCCUCGCCUUCUCUCGGUAGCGGCAAUGUGCAACACACUGCGGAAUGAUUGUAACCGAGAAAAAGUCAGAUGGUGAUGAAUUAGCGUGAUACCUAUCGCGGGCUCCUGUCGAUAGUGGCUCCGGUCUGCUUAACGCUGACUGUCAUGAUUAUGUAUCUCAUGUACUGCCUUACGAUGCGGAUUCUACCAACGAG